AUGUCACAUCACGAGCAAUCGACGUCUUCUGGAGAUGAGCAAGAUGCUGACAGGCAAUCUCCUCCCCCCGCAUCAGCCGAGAUAGGCAACACCGAGACAGCAACCUCUAGCUCUCAAGUGGACAUACACGAUGCUGCCGAUGCUUUGGCCAGUCUUAAAAUUGAGGCUGGUAACUCGUUCGAUCAAAGCACAGACGUCACGGCAUCCCCCGGCGACGCUCUUUCAGUGGAUAUGUUCAAAGAGGUCAACGACAUUAUCAAUGGGUUGAUGGUUGGCACAACGGUGAAUCUGCGUCGCAUAAAGCUCAGCACUGUAGAGAUGUUGGAAAGGCUUCAGCAGUGUGCGCCGGAUGAACGCAAAGAUCUCGAGGUCGUGGUGGCCGACUUUCUCCUCCAAAGUGGCGUGUACCGCAGACGCUUGACUGAGGACGAAUACACGCGAAAGCUUCGGGAUCAAAUGUGUGACGAUCUCACCACGUUCACUCUCGCCUGGACUGAACUGGCCGCUGAAAUGGCGAGACAGCUCCUUGGAGAAGACGCAUAUCAGAAAAUCACAAGCGCGGAAGAUAAUGAGGCGGAGUUUGAGCGGACCACAAAUGAGCUCGUUGACAAGGUGCUGGGCAUUAUCUUGCCCGCCCGGAAGAAGUAUCUGGACGCGCAAAACGAAGACAAUCAGGCGAAGCAGGGAGACAAUGAUGUGGAAGGGGGUGGAGGUGACUCAUCUACACCGACCGGAGAAGCAGAGCCAUGA